UGUAUUCUCUAGUGCAACGCUUUUAUUUUCUUUUUCCUCUUUUGUUUUCUCUUUUCUGCACCUAUUAUGUAUAGUGGGCAAUGUGACUUGUGCCUCUCUCAGUCUUCGGUUGACUCCUUGGUUGGCUGUACACUUCGUUUGGUGCUCUAGCAAAAGAGGAUGAACAAGGGUUUAUAGUUUUCAGCAUACAGUAAACAAAGAUGAAUUUGUAUAGUGUACUGGAGCCCAUCCUCCUUGAUGUAAUCAAGGUGAUCAGUCCGUUGCAGGCGGAUAGGGAGACUAGAUUGGCUAUCAUGUCUGAAUUACGAGAUGUUGUUGUAUCUGUGGAAAGUUUGAGAGGUGCAACUGUGGAGCCAUUUGGAUCAUUUCUGUCAAAUCUCUUCACACGUGGGGGAGACUUGGAUAUUUCUGUUGAUUUACCUAAUAGUUCAUAUAUUUCAUCUGCUGGAAAGAAGCGGAAACAAAAUUUGCUUGGAGAAUUACAGAGAGCUUUGAGAAAGAGAGGUGAAUUCCGCAAGUUGCAAUUAAUCGCCAAUGCAAGAGUUCCAAUUUUAAAACUUGAGAGUAACCACCAGAACAUCUCUUGUGAUAUAUCAAUAGAUAACAUGGCAGGUCAAAUGAAAUCUAUAUUCUUGUUUUGGAUCAAUGAGAUAGAUGGACGCUUCCGCAACAUGGUUUUAUUGGUCAAGGAAUGGGCAAAAGCUCAUAAUAUAAAUAAUCCAAAAAAUGGGACAUUGAACUCAUACUCUCUCAGCUUGCUUGUGGUCUUCCAUUUUCAGACAUGUGUACCUGCAAUUUUUCCCCCGCUAAGAGAUAUAUAUUCACAAAAUCUUGUUGCUGAACUUCAAGGUGUGCGGGCCGUUGUAGAGGGAAAUAUUAGAGAGACGUGGACUACAAACAUUGCCAGGUUUAGAUCUGACAAAAGAAGAAAAAUUAAUCGGAGUUCUUUGUCAGAGCUUUUCCAUUCUUUCAUUGCAAAGUUUUGUGCUAUAAGUUCAAAGGCCUCAGAACUUGGAAUUUGCCCUUUCACGGGACGAUGGGAGCUCAUAGAAAGUAAUAUGAGAUGGUUGCCCAACAAUCACUCGUUAUUUAUUGAGGAUCCUUUUGAGAGGCCGGCAAACUGUGCCCGAGCUGUAAGUGCCAAGCAAUUGCCCAGGAUAUCUGAAGCCUUUGAGAAAACCCACUUCAGGCUCAACUCAGCUAUUCAUGAUCAGAAUUCGCUGCUUCCCAUACUAACCAGGCCACAAACAUCAAUUAUCAUUUCAAGAGGUAGGCACCCAAGAAGCAACAAUGGUAGAUAUCCAAAAUCACAAACGCUAGUGCACAAUUCCGUGCAUUCACCCUCUCCAGUGCAACAUCAAACCCAGAACAAGAGGCUGGAAAAUCGUCCCAGCACAUCAAUGGUGCAACAAUUUCAUACUCAACCUGUGCAACAAUAUAAUGUUCAACAAUUAAAUGUUCAACCUGUGCAAAGAUAUCCGCAUGGUCAACAUUAUCAAGGCCAACCUGUGCAGCAAAAUGAAGGCCAACCUGCGCGGCAAUAUCGCAGUCAAGCGCGGCGGAAGUGGAGGCCAAAACCUUCUGAUAAAUAGAAAGGCUUGCAUGAGUUUCUGCCCAGUUUUUUUUUAUUUGAAGGGUAAUGUACUAUGCAAAAACUUAUAUAAGACAAAAUUCAGUUAUGCUGCCACCCCAUUGGAUUAAAGUUUAUGUGUGCUCGAGUCCUUUGGGGUGCAUUAAUGAGACCAGUGAUCUUGCAAUCCAACAAAUUUGGUUGGAAGUUGAAGUUUA